UUUCAAUCUUUAGAAUUUGAUGGCAGCAAAAUAUUAUCCUGAUUUGUGAAUUCCGGCAAUUCCGCAAAUCGUCGAAGACUUCGCCCUUUCUCCAGGCUCUAACAGGCACAACCAUGAGUGCUAUUCCACGACUCAACUUCCCCCAAGGGAUGCUGGCGGGCCAAACUGCUAUAAUUACAGGCGCAGCUCAAGGUAUAGGUGCUGAGACGGCCACAAUUCUGGCACGCGAGGGGUGCAAGGUUGUCAUCGCAGACAUCGAUGCCGGGAAGGCCGAUAAGACCGCUCAAGCCAUCAAUUCAGAUGGGGGCACUGCGAUUGCUGUUGCGGGAGAUAUUACGAACAAUGAAGCCAUCAGCAACCUGGUCCAAAAGACGGUCGAGUUUAGUGGUGGCAAAAUUAACAUCAUCAUCAAUAAUGCAGGUUAUGCAUGGGACGACCCUAUUGAGAAAAUCCGGGACGAACAAUGGGAUACCAUUAUUGCCCUACAUAACACGGCACCAUUCAAGCUCAUACGGGCAGCGGCACCAUACUUUAUGCUCAAAGACGGUGAACCGAGAUCAAUCGUCAAUAUCUCAUCUACAUCUGGAAUUUAUGGUAACGCGGGACAAGCUAGCUAUGCUUUGGCUAAAGCAGGAUUAGUAGGGCUUACCAAAACACUGGCCCAAGAAUGGGGACCCGAGUAUGGAGUGAGAGUUAAUACUGUCGCUUUCGGAGCCAUCAAAACUAGACUUACACAGGCUCCUGUUGGUGAGUAUGUCGUAAGACCAGAUGGCACGAAACAUGCUGUCGGGUUUCAUGGCGGCUACGAUGAGGAAGAGAAAUGGGUCGGAGACAUCCCUCUUCGACGGGUUGGAUCUCCCACAGACGCCGGGAGGGCGAUCUUGGCCGUAGUCUCUCCACUCUUCUCAUAUGUGAGUGGACAGACAAUCAUGGUCACUGGAGGCAGGGGUGGGAUGUAGUGCAAAGCGGUCAGCAUGGUAGAAGCUAGUGCGUAAAGUAACUGAACCAGUCG